AUGCAAACAGUUGCAGACCGCUCAGAUACUGCGACAUCGAAGAAACAAAGAGAAGACCAAGAAGACGCUGCCGAGGCCGUGACCCUGGUCAAUGAGAGAGACGAGGAAGACGAAGUAGGAGAAGAUAAGCCGACGAUAGUGGUAAAGAAAGAGGAAGCAUACGAGCAGGAGAAUGAUAAAAAGGAGGAAACAGACGAAAUGGAUCAAUGUACAGUGACUCAGAGUGGGCAUUCCCAAGUUCCGGCUGCAGUAAGACGCGUUAGGAACACCGGAAGGGGUUGCAAGGGUUUAAUGCCGGCGAAUAAUGCCCCAGCAAAACGUGGACGUGUUCGAAAUGAGAAGUUUGAAGAAAAAUUGCCCACUACCAAAAAGCAAAGAACAAUUCAGGCAAGAAAAUCAGUGGGCUAA